GGUUUUGGUUAUUUUUUAGAGUUUCUGAAAAACUGGUUUUCCAGAAAAUCACUCUCUGGAGGCCUAGCAGCACGUCUCAUGUUGAUAUUCGGAAUCAGUAUGGUCGACUACCUAUAGUCCACUAAGUUUCGGCUCGAAAGCGAUCGGACAGUUGGAGACCUUCCCUCGUCAGUUCAACUAACAAAUGAUAUGUAGCCGUCAUAUCAUCAUGAACAUUCAAUUUAGGACUUAUGCUAACGAAACUAAUUGAACAUUCUUCGCCACGAUAAAAUUACUAUAUCUAUGAUGCUAUUAAUAAUUAUAGAAACGGCUCAAUAUUAAGCAAUCAUUCAUUUAAUAAUAACAUUAACAACAGUAUCCAACGAUCAAGCGAACCAAAAUAUGCAGUCAAAAAUAGUAACCAGCUUCGUGUACAACAGGUAUCAUAUCUGUAAAUCUCUUUUUUUUUGAGUUCAGGCAAUUUUCUAUUGAGAGAACAGCGGAGAAAAACAGUAAUAUCUGAAAAAAUGUUCAGUCGUUAGCUUUAGUGUAAGUAACACUAUAAACACAAAUAGGUCACAUAAUGCUACUGUGUUCUUUAUAUAAAUAUUUUAAAGAAUGUUUUUGGCAUUUUUAUUUCCUGUAGGAUCAACGUUCAUCUAGUCCAUUUCGUAAUGUUAAAAAAUUAUUGACUCCUGAUUGUUCACCAAUACAAAAACAACAAACAAACAAAACAAAUCAAAAUAGAAAAUUACAGAGCAUCAAGAAUAAACAAUCACGACAACCAACUUUAAUUCGUUCAAUUCCCCGUCCAGCUGGUUAUAAUCACUUAUCCAUUUCAACGAAUAGUCCAAUGGCCAUGUUAUUCGAUUCAUCUCCAAUUUCUUCACAUUUCGUUAGAGAAGAUUCUCUACCGAUAAAAAGUGGUCAAACGCUAAGUCAAUAUGCUCGUCAAGUAUUAGAUAGUGCAUUAAAAGAUUUAAUGGAAUGCUCAAUGUGA